UCAGCUGCGUAGUUUGGCUCUUCCUUUUGCCUGUCUUCCCAGCGUGUCUUUGCGGGAGCUCUCCGCUGCGUGUUUUGGAUUUACCCCUCGCUCCCAUUGCGGUAGAGGUCUGUACGUACUCCAGACUCUCCAGUGUACAUCCUUUAGAAGCGGGCCUAGAAAGCCCCCAAGGCCUUGGCCGAGACCCCCGUGUUCUGGGGGGCGGCCUCUCUGAGUCUGGCCCCAGCCUGGCCUCGUGCGCUAGCCUUUUCCGAAUCUGCCUUCCCGUCCGUCACUUGGGCAGCCGGAAUCCCUGUUGCGUCCGCUUCUUUCACGGCCGGAAUCCCAGGCCUCCAGAUUCGAUUUCCAGAAGAGAGUAGCGGGGCUCCCUCCACCUUCCCUUGAGGGAAAUGGCGAGCAACUUUGAAGCCCCGACUCCCUCAUGAAGUUCAAAGGCGGUGACCCGGUGGUCCCAGAGUCCCUGCUGUGAAAGCAACGAACAUAAACAGUGAAGCAACAUUUGGUAAGGAAAUGAGUUGCAUCAAGAAAAAGCUCAUAAAACUAGUCCUGACUUAAACUCGAUUGUUUUCAAGUCUGAUCUGUGCACUGUUUGCCAUCACUCACGUUAUAGUAUCUAUAAGAAGAAGACAUUCUGGGGAAAGAUUUCAAUCUGUUUAUAGCAAACAUAAUUAGGAGAAAGUCAUAGAAGCAGAGGAGGUUGGUGGCUGCACCAGAACAAAAAUUGUUCUAUUUUAAGGGUUAUGUCAUCUCUGAGCAAAGUGAAAUGAAGGCAAAUGAGAGUGAAGACAGGUCUGCCCAAUUCCUUUUAAAGCCGCAGAAGCCCAUUCAGCCUUACAUCUGCUCGACUCUGGGUGAUUUUGAAGAAGAGAGAGACUUUUUGGCAAGCUACAUCUUCCCUCAGCUGAAUGAACUCUGCAGUUCCCGGGGCACGUAUUUCAAAGCUGUGGACCUGAGAUGGUCAGUGUUGGAGGCCCAAGAACCCUCACUCUCCAGUCUGUUUAGACAGCAUUUUUGUCUCCAGUCGCAACACCUGAAGCUCUGUCUUGACUAUGUGAACAGCUGCUUUCCUUUUUUCAUCUGCUUGCUGGGUCAGACAUACGGGGACUUUCUCCAUAACUACUCACCUGUCAUGUUCUCCAAGGCAACUGACCUGUCAAGUUUAUCCAAAGUGGAACAGAAUCUCUAUGUUGCUGCAAAAAACGGUUAUCCUUGGGUUCUGGAGUAUCCCACCUGCAGUCUGAUGGAGCUAGAGGUCAUCCAAGCAGCAUUUCUGAAUGAGUCUCAAUUUCAGUAUUUUUUCUUUAGGAGGGGAACCAUGCCGCUGAAGACUUGGGAUGAAGAAAAGGAGGAGAUGCUGUCUUCGGGUUGUCUGACUGAUGAUGAGGAGAAGUUAAAGAUCGGAAUGCUUAAGGCCAAGAUUAUUAGCAAAGGGCUCCCUGUCAGGUUGUAUAAAGAUCUCCACGAGUUGGGUGAGCUGAUUCUCAAGGACUGGUUGGUCGUGAUAGAGAAACUUUGCCCAACCACUGUAAUGACGGAAAAUACAGACUUUAAGCACAACUUUGAACGUUUCUAUCAUGAAGAGUUCACUGAGAAAUGCAAGGAAGUGUUUGUUAUUUCCAAGGAGUCUAGCAGGAUCUUUGAAAUCUUGGAAAGAUUUGCCUUAAAGGAUAUAGAAUCUGAUUUUAACAGUCCUGCAGCAGGCUCCAGCUUAGACUCUGUUCUCAGAAUAAAUCCUCUUCCAGCUUACAAGUCUAUUUUGCUGUUGUCUGGAGAACGUGGUUGUGGCAAGUCCACUCUGCUCGCCAACUGGGUGAACUGUUUCAAGGAGAAACACCCGAACAUGUUGCUGAUCCCUCAUUUCGUGGGCAGCACCUGUGAAAGCAGUGACGUCAUGUCCGUGAUCCAUUACUUCAUCACAGAAUUGCAGAACAAGCACUAUGGUACCCAGCUUGAAACUGAUGUUCUCAAUGAAGAUGCAAAUAUCUUGACCUUUUCACUUCUUGUAGAAGUGUUCAUUGCUUCCAUCAAUGUAAAGCCAUGUAUACUUGUACUGGACGGAAUUGAAGAAUUGGCUGGCAUUUAUGGAGUUUCAGGAGAGAAGGUGAAAGACAUCUCCUGGCUGCCAGGCUCGCUGUCUCCUCACUGCAAGUUUAUCAUGAGCACCGUCUCCUCCAGCCUGUCCUAUAAGUCGCUGUGUGCCCGCCCUGACGUGAGGACGGUGGAGCUCGUCAGCACAGUGGACAAAGAAGCCCAGCUACACAUCUUUAGAGAGUAUCUCUCUUUUUCCGAUAGAGACCCCUUCCGACAGAGCAGAUACGGCUUGAGGAAGAAAACAAACCUGAGUCCUUUAAAACUCACAAUCCUGGCAAAUGAAUACCAAGAGUGCAGAAUCUACCGAAACGAGCUUCAGUGCCUGAAGGAGUACUUGGGGGUGGCCUCGAUUCAGGAGCUCUGGGGGUUGAUUCUGAAACGCUGGGUUGAAGACUAUAGUUGGACUUUGAAACAAAAAAAGGCAAAUUCUGACACUGUGGCUUCAGGAGAAGGGUUGGACGGCUGGGUGUCUGACGCCCUGUGUUUGUUGAGCAUCUCGCAUUGUGGGCUGGCCGAGGAUGAGAUACACCAGCUUUUGGACAUGCUGGGCUACAAGGGGCAUUACAAAGUGACCACGUUGCACUGGGCUGCCUUCCGCAACGCCACCAGACACUGGGUCCAGGAGAAGCCCAACGGCCUCCUGUACUUCCGGCACCAGUCCCUGCGAAGCGCCGUGGAAAAAAAGCUUCUGGGUGUCAUCACUCCCGUCAGAGAGAGCAGCCCAUAUAGCUUCCAGGACCCAGCGAAUCACAAGAAAACACAUUACCACCGAAUCUUGGUCAAAUACUUCCAAAGGCAAACUGAUUUCUGGAGAGUGUAUCAGGAGCUGCCCUGGCACUUGAAGAUGAGCGGCUGCUGGGAAGAUCUGAGCAGCUUUCUCUCAAGUCCCAGUAUCACCGACUUUAUAACAAAGAACCAAAGCCCGAGCUUCUGGACAAGGCUGCACCUCGUCCACUACUGGACUGUGUUAUCGGAAGUGGGGUAUGAUGCUACUGAAGCCUAUUUGCUCGCAGCGGCCAAGAUCAAAGCAGACCAGUGCCAGAAAGUGAAGAGGAGAUGUACGCUCUCAGUGUUGGAAUGCAGGCUUUUUAAGGUUACUGCUGCCGACAAAUGCCGAUUAAUAUUCUUUAUUGCAAGAUUUCUGAAACUUCUGGGCAAGACCAGUGAAGCAGAGGAGUUACUCUUGAGCAUUGAGAAUAUGCUACUGCAGAGUCAGUCCGUGACCAAAAUGCUUCCCAGAAUACAGAAUGCUAUCGGGGAGCUCUGUCUGGAAAUAGGGAUGACUCAGGAAGGCUUCCAGUAUUUCCAGAAAGCGUGGUUCAACCUGAUGGAAUUUUCAUCCAGAAAUUUAAAAGACAACCAGGACUUGGUGAAGCAAAAAGGCAGAGUGCUGAACAACCUGGCAAAGUCAGCCUCUGAGGAGUACUUAAAAGAAAACCAUAUUUUGGAAUGUGCUACUGAAAUUUCCAGUUUACUGGACAGCAAUCCCUGCGACCAGGCUACCAUGAAAUACACCGAAGGUGUUCUAAUAUUUGCUGCUGGAAACACUUGUCUUGCAAAAAUGAAACUUCAAGAAUGCUUAAAUAUCAGGAGAAGUUUGUUUGGCGAGAAAAGCAUCCUAGUCGGAGAAAUUAUGGAAUUUUUAGCAGAUUUACUGUUUUUCCCACUGAGACACAGUGAAAGAUUCCAAAGGAAGCAAGCAAUCGAAUAUUAUAAACAAGUGAUAAAAAUAAAGGAAAAUGCAGGCACUCUGGCCAACUCCCCACUCGUCAGGAAUCAACUGAGCAUUAGCCUAAGUGAUACCUUGUGUAAAUUAGGUCAGUUAUUGAUAAGUGACUCCUGUCAUCAAGUCAUGAUGGAGGCCGUGGGCUAUUUGUACAAAUCACUUGAUUUAAGGGCCACCUACCUCGGAUAUUCUCAUUCAUCGAUCCCUGGAAUCCUACACCUUCUGAGGGAAAUUGAGCGGACUCGGGGUAGGCGAUGUUGGCCUCAAGGUAUGAGCCAGCAGUCUGCUGAAGGUCCUAGGCAUGGCGCCUCAUUUUUGGAGCACUUGCUUAAAUUAAACUAUCACAGCGCUCAGAGAUCAGACACAGUGAGCUCAGCAAUGUGCACCAAAGCAGAUAAGCUACAGGGGGCUGAAAGCUUGGACUUGGUGGCUCCAACAAUUUCAGAUAAAUCAAAACAUGCUUCAGGACAAGGGAAAAAGCUCUUGAGACCCAUUGUUUCCAUUUCAGCUGUGGAAAAGACUCGAUGGAAGACACAGAGUAAUGUUGAAAUAUGGAAUGGCCCAGAAAAAGAAGCAGUGAAGAACAAGAAAGAUUAUUCCUCUAAAACUUUACCUUUGGGUAAAAUGGAUGGUGCAGUAAAGCUUUCACGGCAGCGGAUUUUGUCAGCUAAAAGUGAGAGUGAAAAAGGCCUAAUUAAUGCAAAUUACCAGCAUCCCCUGGUAGAGUCUCUUAGCCCAAAUAAUCCCUGGAAGUCUGUAUCUGAGCUCAUCUCAGAGAAGUGGCUUUUUUAUAGCCCAGAUUACAGUCCAGUUUCUCACAAGUGUUUUUUGCAGAGAAGAUCUCAGUUUGAAACAAAGUUGAUGGAAGACUUCAAAUGAUACUAAUAAAGAACAAAGAUUUUCAUGGGCUCUUCUGUGUAACUUUUUUCAAAUUGUCAUUAUUUAGAAUUCUUUGGUGAGAUAUUUUCUGGUGA